AUGCAAAGCAUUGACACUACGAGUGACAAAGCUUUAACACCAAUACCACAGCAAGAAAAAGAUCACGAAGAAGCAGUUGCAGAGCCGAAGGCCAAUGCAGAGGAGUUGACAGAACCAACUAAAGCACAAGCCCCAGAGACUGGUACACACUCAGAAGUUGAAAAGAAGAGGCAUAGUGGAACGCAAACAAUAAACAUAGAGAGAGCUGAAGACUCCAAAAAGUCAAAACAGUCUAAGGUUCCAGCACCAAUAGCUGACUACGUUCCAGCACUAUCUUUUCCUAAGCGUUUACAGAAAAAGAAUCAAGAGAGACAAUUCAAAAGAUUUCUUGAGGUGCUUAAACAAAUACACAUAAACAUACCUCUAAUGGAAGCCUUGGAGCAUAUGCCUACAUAUGUGAAAUUUAAGGAUGUCCUGACUAAGGAACGACGGUUAGGAGAAUUUGAAACGGUCUGCUUAACGAAAGAGUGUAGAACCAUUCUGACCAGCAAAAUACCACAAAAAAUGAAAGAUUCGGGAAGCUUUACAAUCCCCGUAUCAAUUGGUGGUCAUAAGAUUGGACAAGCACUUUGCGAUCUCGGAGCAAGCAUCAACUUAGUGCCCUUGACAGUAUAUCAGAAGUUGGGGAUGGGAGCAGUUAAGCCAAUGACGGUCACCCAUGAGGAAGUACCUAUCAUUCUGGGAAGACCAUUUCUGGCGAAAGGAAAUGCUCUAGUGGAUGUGCAUAAGGGAGUAGUCACUAUGAGGAACAAAAAUUUGGAAUUGGAAGCCAUGUUGCAAAAAGCUGAAGAUUUCUAUUAUGAAGUGUUUUCUAUAGAUGGAGGAAAAGAAAUCACAAAUUCAUGGUCAAGGACGCACGAAGACUUAAAGCUAGAAGAAGUCAAUCAGAAGCAAUUGAAACCGUCAGUAGAAGAGCCACCAAAACUGGAAUUGAAGGCUUUACCGCAACAUCUUAAGUAUGCGUACUUAGGAGUAGCCAACACCUUGCCAAUAAUUAUUGCAGCCAAUUUGCUUAAGAACAAAGAGGAGGAAUUACUCGCAGUACUAAAGGAGCAUCGAAGAGCUAUAGGCUAG